UAUAAAUUUAAUCCUUGAACCUCUCUAGACCAUAAUAAAAUGUUUUAACUUGCAGAAAAUAUCAGCAAUUGGAAAUUGGAAAAAUGAAUGUUUUUACUCGAAAAAAAGUGACAAACUGAUUACAAACUUUACCAUGUAGUCCUAAAUCAAGAUGUCAAAAAAAAAGAACUACAUGAAGAGAGUGAUAAAGACAUAGAAAAAUGAUGUCAUUAAUUUAUGAAAAAUGUACAAUGGAGCAAAAGUAAGAUCAAUUCAAAGUCAUGAACUUGGAUCUUGUUCUUGGUAUGUCAUGUAAUAACAUAAGCUGCCUAGCUUGUGACGUUAACAGUGGAUUGAUUGCACACACCGCUUCAGGAGUACUUGUUCUACUUGAUACAGAUACCAACUGCCAGGUGAGGUACAUUACUCUUCGGAAAAAUUCAGUAUCAUCCAUCAACUUUUCAUCAGAUGGCAAGUUAAUUGUAACUGGUGAAAUUGGUUAUCGCCCAGCCGUAAGGAUAUGGAGAGUAAAGGAUGGGAAUGAAAUAGCUGCUUUUGAUGGGCAUGAAUUUGGAAUCAAGUAUGUCCUCUUCAGUCCUGGGAUGGAGGUUAUUGUUUCUGUUGGGCUGGAACAUGAUAAUGAAGUUAUUGUUUGGUCUUGGCCAGAAAAGCAUAAGAUAGCAACCAAUAAAAUUGUUGAUGUCAUCCAAGCUGUCUCCUAUUCUGAAUCUGGAAGCUAUUUUGUGACUGCAGGAACCAGACACCUCAAGUUUUGGUAUCCCAGCAUAAAAGAAACCGAGUCAGCUCUAGGUCCAGUCCCAGAAGUUCAUCCCUUGUAUGGGCGACCAGGGAUCCUAGGAAACAACAAAAACCACAUAUUUAUUGACGUCUGCUGUGGAAAUGGGAGCAGCAAGGACCUGGUGUACACCGUAACAAAGACGGGUGAUCUAAUUAUCCUGAGCGCUACAGAUCGGUUAAUUAAAAGUCAUAAAAGCAUUGAAGACUCCCACGCAACCUGUGUAAAAGUAUUGGAUCAAGUUUUAUUUCUAGGGUUUCUUGGAGGAAACAUUCACAUAUUUAACUCAAUAACUUUGAUUCAUUUAGCAGCUCUUCCUGUACCUGGGUUUUUCUGCCAAACUGACCUAAAAGAAGGUGGCGUCUUUACCAUGGCUUUUAAUCCAAGCAACACUUUGCUGACCACAGCGUACAAGAAUUCCAGUAUGUGCAUCUGGGAUUUACAGGAUGUGGUCAAUGUCAAACAGAAGUAUGUAGCUGUCUACCACAGCAGUGCCAUUGCCAGCUUUGACAUUUAUACAACAAGUGAACCUGGCGAGCCCAUUCGUGAAAAUCUGGUCACCGUGUCACAUGACUCAAGUGUCCACCUCUGGGGGAUCUCAGUCUCCAAUUCCAUCUGUUACGACAGACUCAGUAUCUUGCGCACAGACUCCUCACCUCAGCUACCUGGGGAUGAGGAGACAGCAAUCUCACACACAGGUGUCAUAACAGCUGUCAAGGUAAGCCCAGACAAGAAGUAUAUUGUGACAGGCAACAAGCUGGGCAACAUUUGUUUGUAUGAUAAAGACACGUACACACACUAUCUAACAAUCCUGGCCCACAACAGAGAGGUCACAUGUUUGGCAUUUUAUUCAGAUAGCAAAGGCUGCUCUGUACUUGUCAGUGGGAGCCGAGACCGGCUGAUUCACGUGAUGGAUGGCAGCAACAACUUCAAGCUGAUUACAACACUCAACAUCCACUCCUCUUCUAUAACUGCCAUAGUUAUCUGUGAAAUCAAGGGAACCAUUUGUAUGGUGUCAUGUGCUUCUGACAGGAGUCUUAGUGUAUGCACUGCAUCAGUACAAGAUAAAGUAGAAGGGAUAAACCAUCCACCGCUAUUCCAGCUAAGCAAAUACGCUUCUGUUGUCUCAUCUCCUGCAGAUAUUGUAAUCAACUUGGUGACGGAGCACUUAGCCAUGGGAUGCAGGGAUGGAUAUGUCAGGGUUCUUGAUUUAGCUCUGCUACAGGAAAAACAAAUGUUCCGAGGGUGUCCAUCUGAGGAUGGACAGAUUCAAAAGAUAAACCUGGAUGAAAAGGGAGCGCUGUUGAUAACAGGGGCUUCAGACAAGACAAUCAACCUUAUCAACUUCUGUACGGGCGAUAUACUCAUCAGUGUUUCAGGUCACACUAAGUGUGUCACUGGGUUAACCUUUACCUCUACUGGGGAUCAUGUAAUAUCUACGUCCAUGGAUGGCUGUGUCUUUAUCUGGAGGCUGUCAGAGAUGAUGUUGAUGAAACAGAAAGCCAUCAGUCUUUGUAUUAAAGCGUUCAAGAUGACAGAUUUUCCAGAGGAAAUCAGUUACAAAGAUAUUUUCUUCCUCUUCAAUAAAUAUUAUUCCACUCUGGCUAUAGACACGGACCCCAUGGCUAGCUACAGCAGAGAAGACAUCUCCAAUAAAGAAGAGCUGGAUGAGGACAAACACCACACAGGCCUGACCAAGCAGUUUGAGAAUGCGGUGAAACAGGCCAUGGACUUUGACAUGAAUGUCAGCUCCAACGUGCUGCCAACAGAUCCCAGUUCCUGCCCACCUCAGUCUGUGGUAGACAUCAGUGUCUUCAAACGCCCUCUUCAAGUGAAAAAGUUUCUGAGCCUGCCCUCCAUUUCAACAGAUGAGUCAAGGUCAACCAGUUUCAGGCUUGACACAGAUGAAGGCAAGGCCAAACUUUUGCAAGAAUAAAGUAGAUUUUAGUCGGCAGCUCGUUCAACUUAACUGUCUUCAAAAAAUUUUAACACAGUGAAUUAAAAACAUUUUUAACUUAAAAUUUUCUUUAUAUAUAUUCUAAAUCUUUUUUCUAAUAGGUUUUAUUUGUUUGUGUUAAACUAAAAUAUGCUUAACUGUUCUAGAAUCAAAUAAGAACUUUUUAGCAGAUAUGAUUGAUUUUUUUCCCCUCAUAUCCUACAAUGAACAAUCUUUUUUUUUUUCAGUCAACACAGAAACUUGUUAUCUAAUUAACAAAAAAGUUAAAUAAUUGUUAGUUGUGAGAAUGUGGAAACUGCCGGUAAUUAUAAUGGCAGCUGUUAUUUUUGACUAGCCAUGCGAUACUUAAACUUUAGACCUACACAUUACAUAGUUACAUUUUCACAAUUAUUGUUCUCAUAACGUACAAAACAAAAAGGCAUCAAAUUCAUUUUG